AUGCCCCGCAGACCACCAGGAGCCCAGGUGGAUUUGCAUUCAGGGCACACACCAAAGGACCUCUUCCUGCUCUACUUCGCCGCAGAGACAAUGAGGACAAUCUGCAGAAACACCAACAAACAGGCAGCAAGAAAUCAGCAGAAGGGGAGCAAAUAUCAGUGGACUGACGUUGAUGUGGAGGAACUGCACAGAUUUCUGGGUCUCCUCAUCUACACCUCAUUGGUGACUCUGCCUAGUAUCCAGGACUACUGGAAACAAAGCCACAUAUUGUCUGUUUCAUUGCCAGCGAAGGUCAUGCCAAGAGACAGAUUCCGGUCCAUCUCAUGGAACAUCCACCUAAGUGAUCCAGAGGAGGAUGUCAUAAAUGACCAGCGCAAAGGUACACCCCAGCAUGACAAACUGUUCAGGGUCAAACCUCUGAUGGACGACAUUCGCACUGCCUGCCAGGCUCAUUACCAUCCUAAGAAGGAACUGUCAGUCGACGAGAGGAUGGUGGCUACAAAAGCCAAAACUGGCAUGACCCAGUACAUGAAGGACAAGCCUAACAAAUGGGGGAUCAAGCUCUUUGUGUUGGCAGAGUCUAACAAUGGCUACACUCUAAACUUCAACGUGUAUGUUGGGAAAGCACACACACCCAGCGUGCAUGGACUUUCAUAUGAUGCUGUUAUGGACCUCAUUCAGCCAUCACAUCUUGGUACAGGAUACCAUAUUUAUAUGGACAAUUUCUACACCAGCCCAAAACUGUUCCUGAGUUUGGGAAGUAUGAAGUUUGGAGCCUGUGGGACCUACAGAAGCAACAGAAAAGGGUGUCCUAGUGGCAGAGAAAAUGCCCUCACCAGCAAAUCGAAGAGGGGGUCUGUGAGAUGGAUCAGAGAGGAUCGCCUGGUCUUUGUGAAGUGGAUGGAUACGCGGGAGGUGUCGGUGUGCUCCACAAUCCACCCAGCGUUUUCGGGCGAGACAAUCAAGAGGAAGGUGAAGGAAGGACCUGGACGCUGGGUAGCAAAAGACAUUCCCUGCCCUACCCCCAUCAUGGCCUACAAUAAGUACAUGGGAGGGGUUGACCUGUCAGACCAGCUUCUCCAGUAUUACUCAACCCAUCGCAGAACUGCUCGCUGGUACCGUACCCUCUUCCUGCAUUUUUUUUUUUUUUUUACAACAAAUGCAUACAUCCUGCACUGUGACAUCAGUGCGACCCAACAGGUCACACCCAUGACGCACAAGAACUUUGUGGCAGAACUUGUGGCCCAGCUGUGCGGAGUGACCCAGACAGGGGUUCCACUUCAAAAAAGCACCAGCCAUGUUUCUGUGGCCAUUGCCAAUGUUGCAGAGGCCAAAGACAAAGCCACAGCAGGCCGCAGGGUUUGUCAACGCUGUAAACAAGUUGACAAGAAGAGGUUUGUCACACCAUGGAAGUGCAAGGCCUGUGAUGUGGCUCUCUGUGUCAUUGUGGACAGGAACUGUUUUGAAGAGUGGCACAAAUAG